AUAUUUCAUUUCAGACUGGUAUUCACUGCACUGCCGAUACAUUUAGUUUUAGGGAUCAACUUUGAUAGAAUAUAAAUCAUCAUAGGCAGGCAGGACAGAAAGAUGAUUGGAGUAUGGCAGAUACGGUUAUCUGACCUCUUUCUACCUGUAUUCUUAGUAGUGCUUAGUGCGUCACAAGGGCUAGGUGUUGUACGUUUACAGAAUGGUGGUUCCAGUUAUGGGAGACUGGAGGUCUAUUACAAUGGAACAUGGGGGACUGUUUGUAAUAAUAACUUUGGAACAGCAGAGGCAAAGGUUGCUUGCCGAGAACUUGGUCUUGACACAACCGAAUACGAGGUCUUUGAGUCGUACCAAUUUGGUGAAGGUAGCGGAACGAUUUGGUUGGAUGAAGUGAGCUGCAUAGGAUCUGAAUCAAGCCUAGCUGACUGUACCCACAACAGCUAUGGUGACCAUGAUUGUACCCACUCAAUGGACGUUGGUAUAUCAUGUGGAGAAUACAUAGAACCAGGUGCAUUGCGUCUGGUGAAUGGCGACGAAAGGUCUGGAAGACUGGAGGUCUAUUACAAUGAAACAUGGGGAACGGUUUGCAGUGAUUUCUUUGCCAUAGAGGAUGCCAGAGUUGCUUGUCGUCAGCUUUUCCCUUCUAGUGAUACCUCAUCUGUUGAGUACUUUGAUAGCUCUAAAUAUGGUGAAGGCACUGGACACAUUUGGUUGGAUCAAGUCAACUGUAUUGGAUGGGAAGCUACCUUAGACAGCUGUAUACACAAUGCCUAUGGCGAUCAUGAUUGCACUCACUCCCAAGAUGUUGGUAUUUCAUGCGAAACAGGAGGGUCAGGAUCAGGAGGUGGUUAUAACUUCUGGAGCCAAAGUGGAUCAUGGACAGGUACUUGUGUAGGAGUCUUCAUAGCUUUCAUUGUUGGGGGCUCAGCAUACAGAAGGAGGCAAAUGCGACUGAGGCAAAUGCAACACAAUAAUGGUGUUGUUCAUCCCCCUUGUGGCAUCGCCGGGGCCUGUGGUACUACUGGGGGCAACCCGGGACCCUUUAUUAUCCAAACACCACCGGCGCAACCGAGUGAGCCCCGCCCUUAUCCAGUUCAGACCUAUUCACCCGCUUACCCGCCUCCAGUGCAGGACCCGUCAGGAAACCCUACCCAGCUCCCUCCUGUUGAAAAUACUGGACCCUACCCUCCACCAUACCCAACCAAUCAGCCUGGAGAUGCACCACCAUUCGAUCAGCCGCAAAAUGGUGUUGUACAAGAAGGUGACCUCCCCCCUCCGCCAAGCUACAAUGAUAUUGUCAAGCAAUAGAAGCCAGAUCUUUUGUUUACUAUUCCAUU